GCGUGAUCUUUCUUGUUCUUGUUAUUCGGAGGAACGCAACGGUACCUCGUGCGUGGCGCACCUAAACAGUAAACAUGGUGCUGUUACACGUGCUGUUUGAGCACGCAGCUGGAUAUGCGUUAAUCGCUGUCAAAGAAGUUGAAGAGAUUGGGAUGCUUCUACCUCAGGUCGAGGAGAGCGUCCUAAAUGUUGGAAAGUUCAGCACAGUGGUCAGACUGAGUGCUUUCUUCCCCUUUAAAUCCGCCCAGGGUGCACUGGAAAAUAUUAAUGCCAUUUCAGAAGGAGUUGUCCAUGCAGAUCUCAAGUUGUUCUUGGAAACCAACCUUCCGUCCGGGGGUAAAAAGAAGCCCAUGUUGGGGGUGUCUGAUGCCAAACUAGGAGCAGCACUCCAAGAAGAACUCGAGCUGUCCAUUCAAACAGGAGGUGUAGUUGCUGAAAUUAUAAGAGGUGUGCGCCUGCACUUCCAUUCUCUGGUCAAGGGCCUCACUGCUCAGGCAGCAUCCAAAGCUCAACUGGGUUUGGGUCACAGCUACUCCAGAGCCAAGGUCAAGUUCAAUGUUAAUAGGGCGGACAACAUGAUCAUCCAGUCCAUUGCCCUCCUGGACCAACUAGACAAGGAUAUUAAUACAUUCUCCAUGCGUGUUCGUGAAUGGUAUGGCUACCAUUUCCCAGAGCUGAUAAAGAUAGUGAGUGAAAACAGCACAUACUGUAAGAUGGCCAGGCUGAUCGGGAACAGAAAGGAACUGUCCGAGGAAAGGCUGGAAGCUAUUGAGGAGAUCACCAUGGACAGCGCCAAAGCGCAAGCCAUUCUUGAGGCUUCCCGCAGCUCUAUGGGCAUGGACAUCUCUCCUAUUGAUCUAAUCAACAUUGAGAGCUUCUCCUGUCGUGUGGUGUCCCUCACCGAUUACAGACAGGAGUUGCAAGAGUAUCUGCGUUCUAAAAUGGGCCAGGUGGCACCAAAUCUGGCGGCUCUCAUUGGCGAAGUGGUUGGUGCUCGUCUCAUCUCUCAUGCCGGCAGUCUUACCAACCUAGCCAAGUAUCCAGCCUCCACAGUGCAGAUCCUGGGUGCAGAGAAGGCCCUGUUCAGGGCACUGAAGACCAAAGGAAACACACCAAAGUACGGUCUCAUUUUCCACUCAACAUUCAUCGGACGUGCAGCCGCCAAGAACAAGGGCCGCAUCUCCCGUUACCUGGCCAACAAGUGCUCUAUUGCAUCACGCAUUGACUGCUUCUCUGAGUUGCCCACCAGCGUGUUUGGUGACAAACUACGUGACCAGGUUGAAGAACGUUUGGCCUUUUAUGAGACUGGCGAGGCUCCACGGAAGAACUUGGACGUCAUGAAAGAGGCUGUUGCACAGGCUAAUGAGGUGACCGCCGAAAUCAAACGGAAGCUUGAGAAGAAGGAAAAGAAGAAAAAGAAGCGGGAAAAGAGGAAAUUUGAGGCUCUUUCCACAGCAGAAGGAGAGGAGGAAGUAGAAGCCAAGCAGGCCAAAUCCAAUCAAGAAGCUGAGGAGAAUGGAGACGCAGAAGUGACUGUUAAGAAGAAAAAGAAAAAGCAAGCAGUGGAGGAACCUGAGGUAAAAGAGGAAGAGGUCACAACAAACGGUGCGGAAGAGGCUACAGCUGCCAAGAAGAAAAAGAAGAGGAAGAUUAAAGCUGUGGAAGCGGAGCCUGAAGAGGAGGUGGUGACUGAGAUAUCACAAGCUGAUCAGACUGAAAAGAAAAAGAAGAAAAAGAAAGCUAUGGGGGGUGAAUAAAUGUAUUCCACCUGACAGGACUUUUUCAGUAUUGUAAAGCUUCAUUUUUAUUUUUUUUCAUAAAGUGUAUGGUCAAACAUUUCUGAAGAUGUUUGUGAGCCAAGUGCAAGAAAAGUGAUACAUUGACUGUUGUCAGACAUGUUUGUUUCUUUUAUACAAACUUGCUCUUUCCUGUGAAUCUCAAAGCACCUUUAUCUGGAACAUAUGGUUCAUCUCUGUGCCUUGAGUACAAAUAAAAUGGCAAUUUUUUUGACGUCAGUCAA